AUUUGUGUGGAUGCCUGAUUAAUUUGUGACUCAUGUUGGCCUGAGGUGGACGUGACCUCAAGGCUGUGCUGCUCUUGGACCGGGUUGUUGAUUAACAAACCCGAGCUCAACGCUCAGACUACUUCAGGUGUUUCUAGCACGAGGAGGCAAGACGGAAAGCGUAACAAAAGGAGACACGCACCUGACACGGGUGUUAAAAAUAGCAGAAGAUGGAGGCAGUGAGAAGGUGCAGGGCAGACUGGAGGUAUCCCACUACUCUUCUGUGCGUGUAUGGAUUCUUCAGCACAGUCAAACCACUGGAGCCUUUCAUGAUCCCGUACUUGACAGGACCGGACAAGAAUCUGACAGCUGAAGAGGUUAACAAUCAAAUAUUUCCAGUGUGGACAUACUCCUACCUAUCUGUGCUUGUGCCUGUGUUCCUGCUGACUGACUGGCUGCGGUACAAACCUGUGGUGGUGUUUCAAAGUUUGGCCCUCUUCAUUACCACAGCGAUGAUUCUCUGGACACAAAGUGUACAAGAAAUGCAGGCCAUGCAGUUCUUCUACGGCAUGGUGACCGCCAGUGAUGUGGCCUAUUUCUCCUACAUCUACAGUGUGUUAGAUCUGAAGAGGUACCGGAAGGCCACCUCUUACUGCCGCAGUGUCCAGCUACUUGGGUUCACAGUGGGCUCUGUUCUGGGCCAGCUGCUUGUAAGCUUCAAUCUCAUGUCCUACAACAACAUCCUGGUAUUCACUCUAGUUCUCACCGCCGUCGCUUUCCUGUUUGCUUGCCUCCUGCCAAUGCCAGAGCAGAGCAUGUUCUUUCAUCGCAGGCAGAAAGCAGUGACAGAGGGCACAGAGACGAUUGUGGUUGCUAAAGAGCACGUUCAUGGCUCAAAGGUAUCCUUGGAUGAAUUUAGAGUGGAGAAAAGAAGAGAAACAGAGGAUGUGAAAGAGCUCGAGGAUGAGGAGCGUGCUGAGUCAGUAGGUGCUGAGAGCUGCGGUAAUGUCCUCCUCCAGCUGUGGAGGGAUUUCCGUCUGUGCUAUUCAACCAGACAGCUGCUCUACUGGUCAGUGUGGUGGGCAAUGGCUACAUGUGGCUAUAACCAGACCGUCAACUACGUGCAGGUGCUGUGGGAGCAUGUGCAGCCUUCUCAGAACUUCACCAUCUACAAUGGAGGGGUGGAGGCUGUGUCAAGCCUGUUGAGUGCAGCCACAGCCUACGGUAUAGGCUUCACUGAGGUGAGAUGGGAACAGUGGGGAGAGCUGGCCCUGGGGGGUUUCUCUGGACUUGGGGCAGCAGCACUCUUCCUCAUGACCUUCACGGGCAACAUCUGGGUCUGCUACGUCUGUUACAUCAUUUUCAAGUGCCUGUACAUGCUGCUGAUAACAAUAGCAAUGUACCAAAUUGCAGCUGACCUGUCCAUGGAGAGAUACGCACUGGUCUUUGGAGCUAACAACUUUGGAGCAUUGGCUCUACAGACGAUCAUCACUUCUGUCGUGGUGGACAGUAGGGGGCUGGGCCUGAGCAUCAUCCCUCAGUUCACCGUGUACGCCAGCUACUUCUCCUUCAUCGCCGUCGUAUUUUCACUCCGGGGACUCUAUACCAUUUGGAGAACGCAGAGAAGCAGCAAGGACUUGACGACGCCGUCUGACAGAAAUGAACCUCCGGACGAUGAUGAACACAGAUUCUGAAUAGAGGAUCAGAUGUGAUACUCCCGGCUGAGAUAAUCACUUGUGCUUUUGGUCUCCAAGAGGAUACGUGCUGGUUUAAAAAGCAGACAAAGCUUUAAAGUACAGACUGCAACACCACAAAUGUUUAUCUUCUUUUUCUUUUUAUACAAAACAAAUAUACAAGAUCUUUUUUUUUUAGAAAUCCAUAUAAAUGAAAGGUUUGGUCAAUUAUGAUUACUUAAAAUUCAUUUUAAUAUAUAUAUAUAUAUACUGUAUAUAUUUACAUAUUAACUUAAAAUUCUCUAAUACCCAAUGUUAGUGGUUUUCAGCUCAUCAGCCAUUCCUGUUACCCACUUAUGGAUGCAGUGACAGUAGUUCAGAAGCAUAUGGUCCGGCACUCGGUCAGCAGGGCAGGGGUCAGCAGAGAACAAGCCCCCCUGCUUGAUCCUGACACAGCAGUCACUUUUUAUUUUAUCUCUUGCCAAUAAAACAAGCGUUUUUUUUUUU